AUGGAAGUAGAAUCAAACACAGGAAUACCCUUCAUUUUACAAAAAUUGAGAAUAAAUUCUGAGAAGAAAUUCAAACAUGAGAGAGUUGGAUAUGAAAUUUAAUAGUCGAUCAAGUUUUAUUUGACUCCUCUUAAUAAAAGCUUUAAAGCAUAAUAUAGUCACAUUUAUUAUAUGCGCUAUUUGAACUUGUCUAAACGAUUUGAGAAUAAUAGCAAUGAUUCUUAAUUCAUUGAGUUGAUUUAAAAAAUACAGAAUUAAUAAGGAACCAUCAAGGCAAUUGGUACGAUUUUCAAAGAAAUGAAAUUAAAACCAUAUUAUUUCUCUUCGAAUUCAAACAAAACAUUAUAAAAUUAUGUAUCUAAUGAGGAUGUAUGCUAUUUAGAAGACAGUUCAGGAAGAGUCAAAUUGCAAAUUCAUAAUGCCAUACUCUGUCUUCCAAAUAGGAAAGAUAAAAUAGUCAAUGUCAGCGAUCUUGUGACAGGAAUUACAUUGAUGAUUGAAGGGUAGAUUGUUGCAAAUAAUAUUGUGAAAGUAGAAAGGUUCUAUCUACCUUAACUUCCUGAGGCACCGCUUUUUAAGCCAUUAAAUUUAACUUCAUAUCUCUGUCUGAUUUCUGGUUUAAAUUACAAUGCCUCAGAAUGUACUACCAAGUAUCGACAUAUGAUUGAUUAUAUGUAAGGCAAUCUUUAUAGCGGAGAAGGAAGCGAAAUUCCAUAUAAUAUAUCUUAAGUCAUAAUUCUUGGGAACUUAUAUUCCAAGCUAGAGGAACCAAUUGAUUAGUAGGUACAGAAUCCUUAGUAAGACUUCAAAGGGGUGUAUAGCAAAAUAUAGUUAAACAUUAAAGGAGUUGAUGAAUUGAUUAGUUAGUUAGUAUCCGUUACUCCAGUUGCUAUAAUGCCAGGAGUAAAUGAACCAGUUUCUUAGAUGUUUCCUUAGACACCUCUGCAUAGAUCAUUUUUUCCAGAAUCCUUAGAAAAAUCCAAAUAAUUGAUAUUCUUAACAAAUCCAAGUGAAUUUUCUUUGGGAGAGUUAAAGGUACUUGGAACAAGUGGAUAAAAUAUCCAAGACAUUAAAAAGUGCUCUUUGAUAAAGGAUUAAUCAGAUGUAGAUUUAUUGGAAAUGACAUUGUUUUAUGGACAUAUUGCUCCAACUGCGCCAGAUACUUUGAUUUCAUACCCAUAGUAAAAAUAGGAUCCAUUUGUUUUAUCAGAGUUACCGAAUAUUUACUUUGCAGGAAACAUGUCAAAAUUUGGAACUAAGAUUGCUGCUGAAAAUGUAAGAAUUGUUAGUGUGCCAGCAUUUUCUGAAACUGGAACAAUCUGUUUAAUAAAUUUACAUACUUUAGAAUGUUUUCCUGUUCAUAUAUAAUGA